UGGAUGGAAUGUGUGUGUUUAUCAGAGGAAAUUGGUAAUGUCAGCAUCGAAGCCGCGCUUAAUCGGCCUUGUCGUUUUACUUUUGUCACUUGUCCCUCGUGACAAGUUUAUUACAAUGUCGAAUAAACCCGAAAACAUAUGGAAAAAGGCCGGUAGAGUGACAGGAUUAAUAUUACAGAAUUGUAUGCAACACGAUGGACCGCAGGAGCAAUUCCUGCUAAUCCUGCAACGAUGUUUAAAGCGUAGGAGUUUGCUUGCUUUGGAUCGGUCGCUAAAAGCUGACGUUAUUGAGCUUGCAAGUGGCAUAGAGCUCGUUAAGUAUAGAAAAGAAAACGACACGACUCAACUCAGACAAUUCUCCGACUGGAAGCACGAAAUGUUGAAACGGCUCACUCAGCUUCUCAAUACCCACGUCCUCAAAAUCCGUUUAAACGGCGAUGUUGUUGAAGGGAGGGGUAGAAAAAAGCAAAAUAUGUUCAUGUCGUUGUUAAUGUUCGGCAUCGCCGCCGUGGGCUUGAUUAUGGUUCCGAUGGGCUUCCAAUUUCUUGCGGUUUUGGGCGGGAAAGCCUUGCUUUUGGCCAAGAUGGCCCUCAUUCUUACCGCAAUUCAAGGCUUGAAGAAAAUCGCCACUAGUAACCUUAAUUAUGGGCUUUAUGCCGCUCCGCCUGAGCACCACCAUGGCCAUUGUAAGGAUGGGUUUUACGACGAGUUUAGCUCUUUAGAAGCCGAUGACAGUGUUUUUAUUGAGGUUGAUGUCGAUCAAUUGGCUCCCAAUUUUGGUUUUUGGCAUUAUGAUCGACAAUGGCCUUAUGAAGCCGAAAGCUCGGAUGUAGCACCUUCUUAUACUCAUUAUUAUAAAGUUCCAGAUCAACACCAAAAUUUGCUACAUGCUCUUCAGCCCCGAGAAGAUUCGAUUAGAAAUAUUAUGUAGUUAAUU